UGUUUCAAGUUCCCCUCUCCGCCUGAAACCCUGCCUGAUUUGUGGGCAAUGUUGGGGAUGUAAAAAAAAAAAGAAAAAAAAAAAAAAAAGAAAAGGAAACCGGAGCAAAGAGAGCGUAAGGAAGGGAGAGAUAGAGAGACAACACUAACUGGGUAGCUAUGGAGAUAGUAGGUUUUCCUGGUCGCUUUCUUUGACAGGUGUCGAGUGGGAUAAAAUAAAGUGUGAGAACAGCCUCCAAGAUGUACGGCAAGGGUAAAGGAGCUGUGGUCCCCUCCGACAGCCAAGCGAGAGAAAAGUUAGCGUUAUAUGUGUACGAGUACCUGCUACAUGUGGGAGCACAGAAGUCAGCACAGACCUUCCUGUCUGAGAUUCGAUGGGAGAAAAAUAUUACAUUAGGGGAGCCACCCGGAUUCCUUCAUUCGUGGUGGUGCGUAUUCUGGGAUUUGUAUUGUGCAGCUCCAGACCGAAGGGAGACGUGCGAACACUCCAGCGAGGCAAAGGCCUUCCAUGACUAUAGCGCAGCGGCAGCGCCGAGCCCAGUGAUGGGCAACAUGCCCCCCAACGACGCCAUGCCAGGUGGUCCCAUUCCCCCAGGCUUCUUCCAGGGACCGCCCGGCUCUCAGCAGUCCCCCCAUGCACAGCCCCCCCCACACAACCCCAGCAACCCCAUGAUGGGACCCCAUGGCCAGCCUUUCAUGUCGCCGCGGUAUCCAGGUGGUCCACGCCCCUCACUCCGAAUGCCAAAUCAGCCUGGGGGAAUCCCGGGAUCGCAGCCUCUCCUGCCAAACAGUUUGGACCCAACAAGACCGCAAGGACAUCCUAAUAUGGGUGGACCAAUGAGAAUGAAUCCUCCCAGAGGAAUGGCCAUGGGACCACAGAACUACGGAGGCAUGAGGCCUCCUCCCAACUCCAUGGGGGGUCCCAUGCCAGGAAUGAACAUGGGUCCUGGAGGAAGGGGGCCAUGGCCAGGACCUAACGCUAACUCAAUAGCUUACUCCUCAUCAUCACCAGGAAACUAUGUGGGUCCACCGGGUGGAGGCGGUCCGCCUGGAACUCCCAUCAUGCCCAGCCCAGGUGAUUCAACCAACUCCAGUGAAAACAUCUACACAAUGAUGAAUCCUAUCGGACCUGGAGGCAACAGACCCAAUUUCCCUAUGGGACCGGGGCCUGAUGGGCCAAUGGGAGCUAUGGGAGCCAUGGAGCCACAUCACAUGAAUGGAUCACUAGGGUCUGGGGAUAUGGAUGGGUUGCCAAAGAGCUCUCCUAACAAUAUGGGAGGCAUGAACAAUCCUCCCGGGACGCCGCGGGACGACGGCGAAAUGGGCGGCAACUUUUUGAACCCAUUCCAAAGCGAAAGUCCUUCCGGGAGCGCCCUCGAGCAUGCUGGGACUCUAAUUAAGACGGGCCCUCCUGGAGCGUGCAAAAUGGCCGCCGGCGUGAACAGGAAGCAGUCGCAGGGCAGCAGGAAGGGCCUCCUCUCAGACUCCGGCCCCAGCCUCCCCGGCUUUCUCUCGGGGUCUAGACAAUGAGCGAGGGGAUGGAGGAGACCGGUGAGCGCCGCCGUCCCUCAUGGACUCUCUUCGCAGCUGCUGGGAAUCUCAUCAACGAUGGAUUUUUUUUUUUCCAUCUUUUCUGGUUUUUGUUUUUCCUCCCAACAGAUUUCAUGGAGGGCCCUCGAUGUCGCUCCAACAUUGAUUUUUUUUUUUUCUGUAUGUGUACAUUUGUAACAGAGUUGUUGUGAUGAUCAGUGAACAUGUUUUUCCAAAAUUCUUUUGUGUAUGUAAUGUAUCAUUGCUAUUUUUAUUUUAAUUGUAUUAUUUUUAUGAUAUUGCUAUCAUUUUAAGAUUAAGUUUUUAUUUUUGUUUGUUUGUUUUUAGGGGCACACUGUUUAAAUGAAGACAGCACAUGUGCGCACACACACACACACACGCGUGAGUCUCAAAUACAGAUUCCUCUCAUUUAGAAUAUCAUUGGAAAGUUAAUUCAUAUCAGAAAUUCAAUUCAAAAUGUUAAAUUAACCAGAGUUGAAUGUUUUAAGUGUAUAUUUAAGUUGGUGGUUAUAGCUGACGGCUGAUGAAAAUACGAAAUGCGGUUUCCAACAAAAUUUAAAUGAAAACCAUCAAAAAAAAAAAAAUUAAUAAAGUAACUGAGAAGUAUGUCCACUCUUUAUAUUCACUCAGUACUUGACCCGGGUUCCUUUUGCAUUAAUUUUUGCAUCAGUAGAUUCUCUGCGGAGCUUUAAGUCAUGCAGGUUUUCCAGCUCAUCAAGCUCGGACUGCACAAAAACAAAAAAAAUGUGCUGCUGAACAACAGUACAGUCUUUGUUCUGUUGACUUUGUGUCGGCUUGAGGAAUGUGACAGCUGUUCUCCGUGUUGGCGCAUGUAAUCAUGCACUAUCACUUUUUUCUUCCACCCAGUUUUCCAUUAACAUGCUUGCAGCAGGGUGUUUGAUCACGGUCAGGUCAGAGGUCGCCAUCUUAGCUGAAGCUGCAUUUCAGAUUUUCUAUUGGCUGUUGACCUUGAUCAGCUGGAUUAAAUGUAUCACUCUGUCAGUUUCACAUUUUGAAUUUAAACACUGAAAUAAAUGUUUUGAUGAUAUUCAGACUCACUGAGAAGCACCUGUAAUUUGCCGCACAUCACAUGGCUUUCUGUGAGCACACUGCCCCCUGCUGGUGGGAUUUUAUUUCAUCCAUUACGGUACCUAUUGAGCAUUUUGAAAACAUCCAGACCUUUUCACUCCCUUGCUCAUCAGCAGCAGCAACUCUGCCUCUUGCUUUUGUAACUUUGCUGCAGUAAAAUAAUAAUAAUAAUAAUAAUGAUGAUGCACAGCUCUAUUUAUUUAUGUACUUUUAAUUUGUUUAUAAAUUCUUUCCUUUUUUUUUUUUAAGUGUCAUCCCUGUUUUUGUUUGUCGUCGAUUGCAGAAUUGGUAGCAACUGUAUAAAUCUGCAGAUGCACUCAGCAGAGUCCUCCAUCUGAGCCCGAAAGGUUCUGUCCACUCCACCCCACCGUCCUCUGCAAACUUUGCCAUCCUUUUGGUCUGACUGUGCCGUUUUUGGAGCUUGCUUUGCCGAAAGGAAGGUCUUGGAGCCGCAAAUCUCUGCUCCGUUGAUUAAAAGAGCAAUGUCCCUCCGUUUCCUCCUCCGUCCUUCUCCCCUUAUUCUCGUCUCUCCAUCAGGCUGGGAUUCUCACACAAACACCACUUUUCCCCCCUUCCUUCAUUUCUGAAUUGUUUUUGUACAACUCCAUGUUUUUUUUUUUGUUUUUUUUUUGUUCUGUUUUUUUUUUUUUUUUUUUUUUUUGUUGUUUUUUUCCUUUUUGUAAAUACUGUAAAAUGCAUUUUGAUAUCAUUGACAUGUUUUGAUAUUUCAAAUCACAGCUGAACAGUUGAUCAGUAGCGUGCUGAUUCAGGCAAACUGUGUGUACUUUUAACCAGAAAUGAUAUAAAACUUAAAAAAACCGGAGCUGCUAUAGACGAUUAUGCUAUUUCACCUCACAACCCAUAUUAUUUGGGGGCUAGGGCGGCCUCUCUGUGCUGCAGCUGUGCAGGACAAAAGGAGGAAAAUGACCUGUAGUUAGUUCUGGGAUAAGUCAUCGACACAUGUUUUAAACAUGGUGCAUUCUUCUUCUUUCUGUUUUUACAAUUUUUGGCAGAAUUUUCAAAGACCGAGUGCAAAAACAAAUGACACUUGGUCUCGGAUGCACUGCAGCUCAGCUUCUUUUGACUCGACAACAAAAACAAACAAAGCAGGGCACACAGGACACUGGCUCUCAGUCCAGCACACCGGAGAUCAGAGUACAUACUUUACUAUACUAUGAAGGAUUUUCUAAUCUAUUUAAAAUCAGGCAAGAGAAACGUUUGUGGAAGUAAAGAGGAAGGAAGGCGAGAAAAAGCCACAUGGACAUAUUUGUUGCUAAGAUGAGGUGGAGAAAGUGCGUCAACAUGCGUUUUCUCCCAUGUACUUUAAUACUGUUGUAUAAAAUGCAGUCCGACUUCUCUUUCUGUCCUGUAAGCAAAGCCGUCACAAUGUUGAUCAUUACUGUAUUUCUAUCGUGCUGAUGUAUAAUACUGUAACAUUAAGGGAUGGGGAAGGUUAAGAAAGGACUUUUGAGCAGAAUUGGGAGUAAAGAUUUUUUUGUUUUGUUUUGUUGUUUUCUUUUCUGUUCGGUUCCUCAUUAUUUCCUCCUGAUGACAAAGCAGUAUUGAAUAUGAGGCAGGAAGUUGCUUUGUAUAUCAUGUUAGGGUAGUUUCAGAUCCUAAAUGUCUUGUGUAGUUAAAAAAAGAGGUUCCUUCGUAUGUUUCUUUAUAUUGUAAAGUUACUUUAGACAAAAAAAAAAAAGUUGCUUAUUGGAAGAAAAAAAAAAGGUUGGAAAUCUACAUCGAUGCUGAUUAAUGUACUUUAUUUUAUUGUUUUGUUUUAAUUUCCAUCAACUUGUCGGUCGUUUUUGCCUGUGUCCCCCUUGUUGUAGAUACAUAUUAAAAAGAAAUAAAAUGACUUCACUCCUUUUGCCAUGA